AUGGCUCUGGAAAUCAUUCCGCCCGAGGGACUGGCUCCCUUGGUGCAGCAGACCAAAGCAUUGAUCCAGAAAAACAUCCUUCUCCUGCGUAGAAGAUGGAUAUCAACUCUCCUGGCAGCAUACAUCUUCCCCGUCCUCAUUCUUGCGCUUCUCGUCAACCUUAACCGCAUUGGUAAUGCGCAGACAGGCUAUGGGGUCGGAAGCCCGGCACCUCUGAAAGACUUUAGAAGUGUGUUGCCUACCGACAAGCAAUUCGUCGUUGUCUCCAACUCGAGUAUGGGGCCGGAUGUCGAUCGAGUUAUCAAGAACCUCGUCGAGCCUCUUGGAGGCUUUUCUGAUCGCAUUGUCAAACUCAACAGCGAGGACGAUCUUACGAAGCAAUGUGUUGUCAACCGCCGAGGCUACUCGCCAUGCCAUGCCGCUGUUGUCUUUGAAGACUCGCCGCUGACCUCCGGAGGGAGGGGCAAUUGGACUUACACCAUGAGAACCGACCCCGGCAAGCAGUCCGUGGGUAGAGUCAACGUCUUUGCGCACGAUAGCACCUUCGAAACCCUGUGGCUCCCGAUGCAGUUUGCCAUCGAGAAUGCCAUCACCAAUGCCACCGAUGUCCGCUUGUCGGCCUACACGUACACCUCGACGACGGCCGCACAGAUGGAGAAGUACAGGCGGGCGGAUUUUGCAUACACCUUCUCGACCAUAUUCAUCAUCAUCUACUUUAUCAGCUACAUGCCCAUCAUCUUCCAUGCCGUCACCACCAUCGCUGCCGAGAGGGAGCUAGGCAUAGCGCAGCUGAUCGACGCAAUGGGUGGCAAACCAGUGGCUCGCGUGAUAGGCUUCGUAGUGCCGCUGAACAUUCUUUACCUUCCCACCUGGAUCGUCUUUGGAUCUUUGUACUGGUACUCCCUCUUCAAAGCCUCGAAUGCCGCCAUUCCCAUUUUCUGGUCCAUCUUUACCGGCAUGGCCAUAACCAAUGCCAGCAUCUUUGGCGCCGCUUUCUUCUCCGGCCGCAGCAUAUCUGGGAUAGUGGUUACUGUAUCAUUCGUGAGUCUUGCAGCCAUUGCUGCUGACAGUCUACCCAAGAGUACCUUGACUACUGGGGCAGCCGUUCUAUGCUCGUUGCUGUUCCCGGCUAUGAACUUCAUCUACGCACUCUCUCGCAUGAGCCGUUUCGCCUUUCUAGAUUCGCCUGUCGAUAUGUCUUCGGCUGCCUACCUUGAACAGGCACAAGAGCUAAAUCAGAGAUACCUCGUGGCUUCAUGGGUAUUCUGGUUCCUUCUGUUCAUCCAGAUUCUCGGGUAUCCGAUUCUGGCUGUGUUUGCGGAGCACUUGAUGCACGGUCUGAGCUCCACGCGCAGAUCUCUGUCUUCAACCCCUGAGACCGAGGCAUCAUCCGUGGCUGUGGAAACUACCUCUCUGAGAAAGGAAUACGCCCCAUCACUUCUGCGCCGAUUUUUCUGUUGCGGUCGCCGGUCCGAGACUGUUAUCGCUGUUGAUGGUCUGGAUCUCAUCGCACGCAAGAGCCAAAUCCUCUGCCUGCUGGGUGUGAAUGGGUCUGGGAAGACAACAACACUAGAGCUGAUCGGCGGUAAUCAGCGCUCAACAGCUGGACACGUCCAGAUCAACGCAGCCUCAACAAAGCUUGGUAUCUGUCCACAGAAGAACCUCCUCUGGCCCAAGCUGACCGUGUUCGAGCACGUCAAACACUGGAGUGGGAUAAAAGGCGGCCAUGAAAGCCCCGAAGAAAUACUUCAGCUCAUCGAAGCCUGCGACCUCACUUCCAAAAUACACAGCCGUUCAGCCACUCUCAGUGGUGGACAGAAGCGCAAACUGCAACUCGCUUGCAUGUUUGUCGGCGGUAGUACAGUCUGCCUCAUGGACGAGGUCACGACCGGCCUGGACCCUGUCUCCCGCAGAGUCAUUUGGAAUAUCAUCCUCGCAGAGCGCUCCAAGAGGUCCAUGAUUUUCACGACUCACUUUCUCGAUGAGGGUGAGGUGCUCGCCGAUCACAUUGUGCUGCUUUCCCGGGGCCAGAUCAAGGCUCAGGGAUCCGGCGCCGAGAUGAAGAACCGCUUUGGAGGUGGGUAUCGCGUGGUUGUUCCAAAGACAGGGACGCUUCUCGAUCUCAAUGUGCCCUGUACCACCCACCAAGACCAGGUGAUUUAUCACACCGAGGACUCCAAGUCUGCUGCAGAGCUCAUCACGGAAUUGGAGGCUGCAGGUCAGAAGGACAUCGCGAUGCAGGGCCCGACCAUCGAGGACGUCUUCUUGAAUCUCACGCAGGAUGUCGACGAUGCAGCAAAGACAGAUUUGGGAACCACCAAACCCCUGUCAACGGAAUUGUCAGAUAUGUCCAAUCUACUUGAGGGAGACAAACAGCAACGCUCUGGAGUGAUCCUCAACCCAGGGAAACCCACUUCGGCUCUCUAUCAAAUUCUGGUCUUGUUUAGAAAGCGGUUCACUAUUCUCCCGAGAUUUUGGCUGGCUCCUUUGAUGGCCCUGGUUCUCCCCUCCGUCAUCCCUUCCCAAAUCUACGGCGCGGUGUUCUCAGAAACGUUCAAGCGCCCGACUUGCGACCAAGUCAUCGGUGGGGGGACCUUCUCGAAUCGUGUUUCACUCAGGAAUUCCUUCAACUUCAGGGGUUCCCGCUCUUUUAUGCCUAUCGGACCACCCACCGUUAGGGAUACCUUAGUCAAGGUCGCCUCGACUUUCCCGAUCGGCCAGUCUUUCAAUAUGUCCUCCUUUGACGAUCAGUUUUCCUUCCAACCCGACUUGAAAAGUUUUAUGCAGACAAUCAGUGAUCAGUCCGUGCUGGUCGAUUACGGAGGUGUCUUCAUGGGCGACGAUAAAAACCCUCCGACCAUUGCCUACAACACCCAGUAUGGCGUCUUUGGUGUAACGCAGAUGAUGAACCUUUUCUCCUCGCUCCGUUCGCAGGUCAAAAUUGAUGCCGGCGUUGGUUCGUUCAGCACCCUCAACUCAUCGGGAGAUGGCGAUGGCAGUCUUGCUUGGGUGCUUAUUGUGCUUUUUCUCUUUGUAGUCUAUCCAUCCUUCUUCGCCCUCUACCCGGCUUACGAAAAGUCCCACAACAUCCGAGCCCUGCAAUACGCCCACGGUGUCCGACCUUUUCCUUUGUGGAUGUCGCAUCUGCUCUUCGACCUCAUCACCGUUUUUCUCAUUUCCAUCGCGCUCACCCUUUCCGUCGCUCUGAUCUUUCCGGAAAGCACUCUAGCUCCAGCAAACCUCUUUCCAGUAUCCUUGCUCUAUGGCGUAGCCAUGAUGGUCAUGAACUACAUCAUCUCGCGCAGCUGCCGCUCUCAACUCACAGCCUUCACGACAGCAUUCGGCAUCAACAUCUUGAUGUACAUCAUCACCAUGGUGACUUUCCUACUCCCGCGCAUCUUUAUCGACGCCGACAAGUUGGAGGGUGCGACAGAUCUGGUUGCCUUCAUCCUGGGUCUGUUCAUGCCAACGAUGAAUCUGCUGAAGGCUCUGGCCGUCUGUUUCAACACGAGCAAGAUCUGCUGCCGCGAAAGUGGGAUGGUCACCAACCCGAUCUCUAUGUAUGCUUACGGCGGACCGAUCUUGCUGCUCGUCAUACAAGUCAUCGCCUUCAUCCUGAUCCUCGUCUGGCUUGAGUCCAGCCACAGCUUCGAGUCCCUGCGCCAGCUGCUCCGACGCAACGAGCCAGCCCCCGAAGCGGAGGACGGCAUGUCCGGGACGGCCAGCGCGAUCGCCAAAGAAGCCGCCCGCGUCCAGGUCAGCGGUUCAGAAGACCUCCUCUGCCUGUCGCAUGUCACGAAGCGAUUCGGCGACAACGUCGCCGUCGACGACGUGUCCCUCGGCGUCGGCCGCAACGAGAUCCUCGCUCUGCUGGGGCCGAACGGCGCCGGCAAGACGACCCUCGCCAACAUGAUCAUGGGCCAGCUGUCCCCGGACACAGGGCGCAUCCAGGUAAGCGGCGUCGAGGUCCUCACCUCGACGCAGCACACCUCCCUCGGCGUCUGCCCGCAGGUCGACGCGCUGGACCUCAUGACGGCGCGGCAGCACGUCGAGCUCUACGCGCGGCUGCGCGGCGCGCCGCAGUCCAACGUGCAGGCCGUGCUGGACCGGCUGGGCCUGGCGCCGCACGCUGACAAGCUCGCGUCGCGGCUGUCGGGCGGCAACAAGCGCAAGACGAGCCUGGCGGUCGCGCUCGUCGGCAACCCGGACGUGCUGGUGCUCGACGAGCCGAGCUCGGCCAUGGACGCGGCGGCCAAGCGCGCCAUGUGGCGCCUACUGGCGGCCGUGGUGCCCGGCCGGUCGGUGCUGCUGACGACGCACUCGAUGGAGGAGGCGGAUGCGCUGGCGACGCGCGUGGCGAUCCUGUCGAAGCGUCUGCUGGCGCUGGGCACAACGCGCACGCUGCGGGAGCGGUAUAGCAAUGUCUACCACGUCGAAUUGGUGCUACGGUCAGCGCCCGAGUCUAGUCCGGAGGAGAUGCGUGGCGUGGAGCAGUGGGUGCGGCAGCGGUUUGAGGGUGUGGCGUUCAGUGGUGAGAGCUUGGGAGGCCAGGUCAAGUUCUUCAUUCCUAAUACUCCUACUUCCUCAGAAGGUAGACAAGGUGCAGUGGGCGGGCGGAAGCAGAGGAGCGCUAUUGGUCGCUUGAUCGAGACGCUGGAGGCGCAUAAGGAGGAGUUGGGUCUGGCUGACUACAGCAUUGGAGCGCCGACGCUGGAGAGGGUCUUUUUGAGUGUCAUGAAGGAGAGCGACGUGAGCGAGGAGGACUACAUUAAGAAGAAGAGAAGAUGGCUAUUUGGUCUAUGA